AUGGAAGGAGAAUCGAUAAUGGCGGACGUGGACAGGUUCAUGGAUGAUGUGGCGGUCAUUGACGAUAGCAAAGAGGGGGAGGCAGACACCGCAGCGACAAGUACUACCACCAAUACCAACAACAAAAGUGGAUCUGGAUUCUUGACCAAAACAAGAUCCCUUUCGGACGGCGGCGCAAAAGAAACACCAAAGCUCUCGCCGGCGCCGCACAUCUUCUGCGAUCCACGACGGCAGUCCCAGGAUGAUAUUGCCAUCCGGGAUAAAGAACGAGUGGCAGACGGCAACGCUUUCUCUGCGCAACCAUCAACUCCCGUCCGCGCGGGGUUCCCAAUCAGAGGCCUAGCGCUGCAACUACCCCAGCUUGGUGAAGGCGAUGCACUCCAUCUUGCACGUCUCCAACAGCCGCACGUGGAUGUCAACCUGAAUGCCACUGAACCAUCGGCGGCGCAUUCACAAUCCCAUUCCCAGUCCCAGUUGCAGCCCCAACAACAACCAUCCAACCCUGAGGGAGCGCCCGCCUCCGCCUCCACCUCCGCCUACGUCAAACCCGCCGUCCCUGCCCCGCUGUCACCAAAGCUUGACCAUUCGCACAUCUACGCCUCGCCCUCACCAAACAUCCUGCCUCGUCGGUCGCGCGGUCUGGACUUCAGCCGCGCAGCCACCACCCUUCACCAUUCCACCGUCGUCGACCAGGCCUCGCCCAGCUCCUCUCCCACCAUUGGGUCCAGAGCCAUGAACAUCCCCGCCGGCCCUGGACGGUGGCCCGGCGACCAUGGCACCACCAUGGAGCAAACGUCAAACUCGCUGUGGUCCGUCAUGGGCAAUCGCGGUCACGAGCGCAUGCAUGUCUCGAGCUCCCUGGGCAGUAACGCCCACACUUCCCAUGCGUUAUUCACCGAUACGUCGUCGAGCUCGGACGACGACGACCUUAUGGACGAGGACAUGGAGGAACCCAUUGUUACCACGCCGUCGGCAAACAAGAUGGCCAUGGGCGGGCAGCACCCAUGGAUGCCCGGUGGUAGCUCGCCAGCAGUCAACAGUCUACUAAGUUUCCAGCAACGUCAGCGCAGGAAACAACCAAAGAGCAGGAAACACAAAACGCCGCUGGGCUUGGGCUUUCAUCCAACAACUACCAUGGGCGCAACCAUGUCCAUGUCCCCGCCACAAGGCUUAGACAGCCCGCAGCCGAGGAGGGAGAGCAUCAGCUGGGCGGCCAAUCAGUUACAUAUCUCUGGCAGUGAGAGCGACGAUCCUAGCAGGCAGCUUGAAGCGGUCGACAGCCCGUCCCGACCAGGAGUCAUUCGGCGGACUGUGACCCGUCAUAGGGGAAACUUGCUGCCCAAGACCAAGGGUUUCGCCCGCAUCCGCGCUGCCCUUCUCGAGGAGAGCGCACCUAUCGAGGCCGAAGUCAAGCGUGAAGCCGAAGUCGUCCGUCAAGUACGGGAGAGCGACAUGGAUUUAGAACCUAGGUUACCAGCCUCCGCAUUAACCAGCCCGAACCUGACUGCGGCUCAGGACAGCAUGGACGAUGUCGACACGAUGAUGAUGGACUCCAAUGGAAGCAGCAGUGGCAAUGGCAACACAACGCCUGGUGCUAUUCCCGGUGGCAUACCUGGUAGCAGUAGCUUCAAGCAGCAGGUCCUGAAGAAUUCCAAAGGUAAGAUGUUUUGGGACACAUUCUCGGAAAGUGGGGCGAGCAGCAACGGAAUGCGAACACCGCCAAACUUUGCACUACCGAGGGGCUCAUCAUCAGCCAUGAGCAUCGACGAUAUGAGCAUGGACUCGCCGUCUUCGAAAUCCGAGAGCCAACCGAAGCAAGGCCCCACGCCUUUUGCUCUACCGCCACCCGGAAAUCCACCAACAACAUCAUCCUCCUCCUCUACCACAUUAGCCGGUACAAGCUUUCCGGGCGCCGCGAACGGUGUUCCCACGGCAGCCGAAAUCACGCGCCGAAUCAACAACAAGCGACGCCGAGACGACGACCUCGACCCGAUAAGUUUUAAACGACGAGCCGUCAGCCCCGGCAUGGGCUCGCCUAUUAUGCAGAGCCCAAUGCAGAGAGACCUAGCGCCCUGGGGCCCAAGUUCAUCACGACCGGGCAGUGUGAAUGGGGAUGGUGUAAGGCAACAACAAGAAAAUCUUCAUAAUGGUAAUAUUGUGGUGGGAGGAGCUACUACGCCAGUCCAUGGAAGACCCAGCUUCAGCACAGGCAAAAGAGUCGGGCUCCAAGGGAUGGUGGACACGAAUGAUGGGAUCACAAGGCUCAGCAUUGAGUGA